AUGGGCUUCGGGGUCACCAGGCUACGCCUGGAGGAAUACUUGCAUGCUGCGGCUGAUGAUCUCACAGAUUGGGAGCGUGGCAUGUCAAAUGCACCCCAAUCUGCGAAGAGGAAACUCGAAGGCUCGUGGCAGCACUGGCACCAGAUUCUCUUCGAGUAUGGCCACAUCUUUGGCGCUGAAAAUGCUGAAAGGCUCCGAGACAGGAUCCGUGGGCGACGCCGUGAACUUCUAGAAGAGCGAAAGCGGCAAAGAGGCCAAGAAUUGAGAUUACCUGAAGGCAAAGUCUGGUUCGAGGCAACGGCCGAAUGGCAGGAAGUUCCACAGAACGCAAUUUGUGCGGCUGGAUUGGAGUACCGCUUUGACAUGCAGACUGGAAGGAACUUUGCGCGCUUGUCACUCUGA